GUUUUGCGCAGAAGGUGACAGCAGGUGGAGCGAGCUCGAGCGCGCACUACACUACCCGUCAUCCCGCGUGCAGUUCUCUCAUGUAUAUUUAUGAGGCGUUUCUGCAGUGAGUCGGCUGGAUAUUGAUGUCUUUUUGAAGAGGUGGAGGCUUUUUUGCUCGGUGGAGAAAAGGGGGGUGAUUUCACGUCUACGGAACGCACCCGCCUUCGUCCGGUCUUUCACCCGCUGCUCGCGCAUCCCGCGUAUCGAUGCAGAGGCUGCUCGCGCGUCACUAAUGGCAACCAGCGCGAAAGAGAAUAUGCGGGAAUGAUGGCUCUCCGUUUCGGGAUUUCCUUUAUGUGCCUCUACGUAGCGGUGAUACAUACCAGCAUCUCCCUGCCUCAAUAUGGAGACGCCUUGGUAAAAACAAGGGCUCGAGGUGAUGACGGCAGAUUCCUAGGAAAAGAAAACACGGUACCCGUCCGGUUAGUCUUCCAAAAGGACGGAGACAGUCAGACCUCUCAUGAUGUUAUGAACACACGGGUCCGAAUGAGCUCUGACAGUAAACAGAAUCAUGUGGCCCUGGCUAGCUUUCAAGUCCAGGCUUUUGGGAAGACCUUUGUUUUAGAUGUGGAACUAAACCAUGAUCUUCUGUCAUCAAAUUACAUUGAGAGGCAAAUCUCAGAGGAGGGAAAAUCAGUUGUCAUCAAAGGUGGAGAACAUUGUUAUUACCAUGGCAAAGUACGUGAUGCACCGAAAUCUUAUGUGGCACUUUCAACUUGCCAUGGAUUACACGGAAUGUUCUUUGAUGGGAAUCAUACAUACAUGAUUGAACCAGGAGGAGAGGAUACUAAGAGUGAGGAGGUUCAUGUGCACAUGAUUUAUCAGUCUCCUGGUUUUGACCCCCCAGAGGACUUCAUUUCUGCAGUUCCUCUGGCAGAAUCACCAUUCCAGAACCCGUCACCGUUCACUGCAGCCCACAGGAGGAAAAAGAGACAGAUAUUGCAAUAUCCACGAAGCAUUGCCGAUGAGACAAAAUAUAUUGAGCUGAUGGUUAUAAAUGAUCAUUUGAUGUACAAGAAGCAUCGCCUUUCUGUUGGACAAACAAAUAACUAUGCCAAGUCGGUUGUAAAUAUGGCUGAUCUGUACUUCAAGGAGCAACUCAACACUAGAAUUGUCUUGGUCGCUAUGGAAACAUGGGCAGCAGACAACAGGUUCAACAUCAACGAUGACCCCAUGGUGACGUUACGAGAAUUCAUGAAAUACCGAAGAGACUUUAUCAAAGAAAAGAGCGACUCGGUUCACCUCUUCUCGGGAAAUCGCUUCCAUAGCAACUGGGGAGGAGCCUCUUAUAUGGGUGCCGUUUGCUCGCUCACUAAAGGAGGUGGAGUCAAUGAGUAUGGAAAGACAGAGGAAAUGGCCAUAACUCUCGCUCAAUCACUGGGACAAAACAUUGGCAUCUUUUCUGACAAGAAACGCAUUUUAAACGGGGAGUGCAAGUGUGAUGAUAAAUGGUCUGGCUGCAUAAUGGAUGAUGUUGGCUUUUACUUACCCAAGAGAUUUUCUGACUGUAAUGUGGAAGAGUUUCACGAUUUCCUCAACAGUGGGGGUGGUGCGUGUCUCUUCAACAAACCGUCAAAGCUUUUGGAUCCUCCCGAGUGUGGUAAUGGUUUCGUGGAGGCAGGAGAGGAGUGUGACUGCGGAAGCCCUGCCGAAUGUGCUAGAGAAGGAGAGAACUGCUGUAAGAAAUGCAUGUUGACUCAGGGAGCCAAAUGCAGUGAUGGUCUGUGCUGUAAGAACUGCCAGUUGGAGUUUAUGGGUGUGCUUUGUCGGGAGGCUGUCAACGACUGUGACAUAUCUGAGAUGUGCACUGGGAACUCCAGCCAGUGUCCUCCAAACUUGCACAAGAUGGAUGGAUACACCUGUGAGAAAGACCAGGGACGAUGUUUCAACGGGCGAUGUAAAACCAAGGACAGACAGUGCAAGUACCUGUGGGGAGAGAAAGCAACAUCUUCUGAUAAGUUCUGCUAUGAGAAGCUGAACAUUGAGGGUACAGAAAAAGGCAACUGUGGACGAGACAAAGACACCUGGAUUCAGUGCAAAAAACAGGAUGUACACUGUGGAUAUCUGCUGUGCUCAAACAUUUCCCCGGCACCCAGACUUGGAGAGCUACAGGGUGGUUUGACUUCUUUCUCCGUGGCCCAGCACAGCGCCUCAAUGGACUGCAGCGGAGGUCACGUGCUGAUUGACGGUGACACUGAUCUGGGUUACGUGGAGGACGGAACGGCAUGCGGGACAGAUCGCAUCUGCUUCAACCACAAAUGCCUCCCAGUGCAAGAAUUCAACUUCAGCAUGUGUCCCGGCACCAACGAGCGGGUGAUCUGCUCUGGACAUGGGGUGUGCAGUAAUGAGCUCAGGUGUGUGUGUGAUCUCGGAUGGGCAGGUGAGGACUGUAACUCCACCUCUCCUCUGAGUUACCUGCUGGUGCGGCCCACAGCUAAAACAUCAGGUAUCAUCACCACUAACAUCAUCAUUGGGGCCAUUGCGGGCUCUAUCCUGGUCCUUGCACUGAUUCUAGGCAUUUCCGCAUGGGGAUAUAAGAGCUACAGACAGCGUCAAUGUGUGGAAUCCGAAGUACAUAGAAGAUUCUGUCGGCAAAUGCCGCCAGGUGAUUACGUGAAGAAACCAGGAGACGCUGAUUCUCUCUACAGUGACAUGCCACAAGGCGUAAGCUCCAACUCUGGCAGCAGCUCCAAGAAGAGGUCUAACGGUCUGUCUCAUUCCUGGAGUGAAAGAAUCCCUGACGCCAAGCACAUCUCUGACGUCUGUGAAAACGGCAGACCCAGGAGCAACUCGUGGCAAGGAAACAUCACAGGAACUCGUAAGAAGCUCAAGGGAAAGAAGUUCCGCCCUCGCUCCAACUCCACAGAAACGCUGUCACCGGCCAAAUCACCCACCUCCUCAACGGGCUCCAUCGCCUCUAGCCGGAGAUACCCGUACCCCAUGCCUCCCCUUCCGGAUGAGGACAGGAAGGCCAACAGACAAAGUGCAAGGCUGUGGGAAACAUCAAUAUAAAAGAGCUCGACAACUCCUUAAGGAUUUUCCUCUGCCUUUGUAUGGAUGAGAAAAUGAAACAAAUAAUAAAAUGGAGAAACAAACACUAAAGGACGAUUAAAUGGAAGAGUUGGACGUGGUGUGCUCUAAUGUCAAAUGUCUGUUCAGCGUUUGCCGCGCUGAGCCGUCUAACCCUGGAGCACGGUAUCAAAUUCUCAUUCCUGCUGUCAUUCUUACAACAACAGGACUCAGGAACACGAUUUCAUCAAGAGACAAACCCAGAACGACAGCUGUGCUGAGCAGACACACAAACAACAAGCUGCUCGUGCCCCGUUAAACCCCGCCCUCCAGUGACCCCACACACAGCCCGUCCCGUCCCGCCCCGCCUCCAAACAAACAUGCCGUUUUGUGAUCGGUGCCCUUAUUGCCUGGGUGCAAGAUGCUCAUUCUUGAGCAGAAAGUAACCGCAAAGUUGUUUUGAAAGCACGCCGUCACUGUAGAACCUACUGCUGUAUGCAUGAGAAAACAUGUUUAUAGAUUCCUUGUAGUGUAAUGAUGUAAAAAUGUUUGAAGAUCUUUCACACAAGGUGCCGCAUGUAUCGGAGGACAGCUCUGUCUAAACUGGUAAGAUUCGUUCAUGUUCGCGUUGCUGUUGGCUACAACGGAAGGCAAGAGCAUAUCCAGUCCCGUUCAUAUCAUCGCCUUUUCUCAGAGAAUUCUGUACAUAUGUCAUAUAAUUCAGAAACAAUGAGUGAAAUGUGAGAUUGUGCUAUUUUUCGCUUUGUGCUUGGUUGUGGAAAGCGUGGCAGGACUGUCUUGUGAGGGACUUCCAAAAUUUUCAAAAUUCAUCCCAAAUUCCCUCAAAAGCCUAGUGCACGGUACGAGACAAAAGCUUGUCGCACGAUUGUGUUUUCUGCAAGAAUGCCCUUCUCAGUCUUGGUUUUUCUGAUGACACACCCUACAGCAGUGGUUCUCAAACACUUCUCAAAAGUGGUUUUUUGUUGUAAGGCCCCCUUUGUGUAGAGUGCAAUGCUUUGCGGGCCCCCAAAUAAAGACUUAUAAUCUUAAACUUAAAAUUUUAAUUAAACCAAGAAAAUAUUCAGUUAAACAAUGCUAAAACAUCAAUUCUUUUGGUUGGUGGCGUUGUUUUUCUGAUGUUUGAUUGCACAAAAUGUAUGAUAGAUAUCUAUAUUUCUAAAAUGCCACAAGAUCUGUGCCCCCCUGGAAGCAUCUUGGGGCCCCCAGGAGGCCACGGCCCCCAGUUUGAGAACCACUGCCCUACAGUACAUGUGCACUACAGACGCAUUCAGAUUGUGUAGUUGCAGAUGCUACGAUAAUAACGGUUUUUAUAAGAGGAUAUUUUGGGAUUGUAGCUACAGUUGGGUGAACUACCUUGUAAUUGAAGUACAUAGUUUUCAAUUAGGCUAGUUUCAUUGUUUAAGUCUGCAUAACUUCAUAACGUAACUUCAAAAACAUCACUUCCACAAUACCACCAAAAGUCAAAUGUGCGCAAGAAAUAAGCGUCUUGUGUAGCUUUUGGGGUUUAUUUGAGGAUGCAUGUUUAGUAUCGCAACACAACUACAGUCGGGGUGAAAAUGGUUUGGUAAUUGUGAUUUGUAAAAUGAAUGAAGUCAAUGAGCAAUGAGCUUCUGUCUUGUUAUGUGCACAAGGUCGUAGUUUGUCUCUGUUAAACUUUCGAAAGAGUUUGUUUUCGUCAUGGACGCAGCAGAAUGUCAUUUUUGUCAUUUCACAUUUUUGAUCAUUCUCAUAUGUUAGAAAUGUGACUUUAGCUGGUUGUUCAGAUACUUCUUUUUUGUGAUGCAUAAAGUGACGGUGAAAUCUUUGCGUGUCAAAGUAAUUGGAAAUGUAGUUGAUUUUGAUACAUUGCAGAGAAGUUACAGGAUUGCGGUAGAGAUGAAAACACAGUACGCAAAAAUAUUUUCGACUAAACUCUGAGAUUUGUGAAUGUAACAGUAAAUGUUUUUCUGGGUGUUUCUGAGAAAUGCUAUUUAUAUUUGAAAUCGAUAACCAAACAAUUACAGCCUAAAUAUAACAAACGCUUGCUCACUUGCUCCACCCCUUCCCCAUCAUGAGCGUAUAGGCAGCCUAUUGGUUAACCACUUUGUUUUUUUAUUUACAUAAGCAGAUACACAUUUUUUUUCAAUGCACACACAGAACAGACAUUUAAAAGACAGUUCACCCCAAAAUGAAAUUUCUAUCAUGAAUGACUCAUCCUCAAGUUGUUCCAAACCUGUCUAAAUGUCUUUGUUCGGUUGACUACCAUAGUAGAAAAAAAUGGUCUAAUUUUUUGUUCUGUUGAACAAAAGGAUAUUUUGAAGAAUGUCAGAAAGCAAACCGUUCUGGGGCACCUUUGUCUCCCAUUAGAUUUUUUUCUCUAAGAUAAUUUCUACUAUGGUAGUCAAUGGUACCCCUGAAAUCUCAGUUGCUAACCUUUUUCUAAAUAUCUUUCUUUGUGUUCAACAGAACAAAGAAAUGUAUAAAGGAACAACUUGAGGUUGAGUAAUUCAUAACAGAAUUUUCAUUUUUGGUUGAACUAUCCUUUUAACACGCAUUCAUAAAAUUGUUGAUUUCUAUUUUUAACAACAUUUCUCAGAAAUCGCUCAUUUACCUGACAGUCAUUCACAUCAAUUAUUAAUGUAAACUUUAUACAUUUAGGGAAGAACAAAUCUCAUUGUUUCAAUUUGAAUAACUUCAUGUAGACUAACCCAUAAUCCCACCUUUGUCUUUGUUAGCCCUUGGUGUUUGCUCUUGUUUGCGGCAUGACUGUCUUCACACAGAGAAACGCUGCAGUAUCGCUCAUGAAUGCCGGUCAUGUGACCAUCCAGCCUUUAUUACAUUGCCCACUUUUGCGGUCAGUAUUGUAUUAGUAAUAGCAGUUUUUCAUCUGUACAUAGUCUGCUGUGCGUUUGAUCUGUCUGCACUGAUUUUUGCACUCUGCCUGUAAUCCACAACUAACAUCUCCAUGACGACGCAUAUGAGGUAUUUUUAAGGUAACUUUGUAAAGUCUUUCCCUCCCCAGUAUUACAUGUACAUAGUUCAUCCCAAUUGACAAUUAAGUGCUUUAGAAUGAUUAAAACUGCAAUAGGUUUUUGUGCAAACUGAGGUUAAAAUUAUUCUUCAUUUUUUGUGUAUACGUUCAAUGUCAUCGUGAGAUCAUUGUUUUAAGAACUUUCAUUUGGCAUUAACACCGUUCAGUUUCUUUCAGUUUACAAAACGCUCUGAAGCAAUACUCUGUUCACUGUGACCCUGGUCUGUCUUUUCAAAAAAGCACACUGUCCUGGCGGUUCACACUAGAAUCAAUUUGGUAACCAGUCACUGUCAUUUUAAAACAUUGCAUUUGUUUAGACGUCUCAGUGCAUUGACCCCUGGAUGGAGGACUCAACUAAAAUACUGUUGGAUGUACUUGGGUAUUAAACAACAUACGGAGAUCAUAAACAAAAAACAGACUCGAGACUCACACUACGUAAAUGCAGGACAGUGUUUACUGUAAGAGAAUAUGGACUUUAACACUCGUUGGUUCUUUUUGCAGCUCAGAUUUACAUUUGGAGUCUUGUUUUUUUAAUGCCUUAUGCUAAUUCAACAGCUCUCACACCCUGUGUUGUUUCCCUUCUGUUCAUAAUCCGUGUACACGGUGUUUGUAGUCAUAGAUUCUUCAUGCCUGUUUUCUUUUGUUGUGUGCUGUACAUACUGUAGACCGAUAAUUCAAAUGAUAACCGUUUGUUUUUUCAUACAGUAUCCAUUCAGUAUUGUAAUAUAUUUAAGAUUAAGUAAAACUUUCGUUCAAAUGA